CGGAGUCGGCUCGGCGCGAGCGCGGGGACGCGGAAGCUGCGCGGGUCGCCAGCGAUUCUCCCGAGCAGCCGCCAGGCUCAGCCUCGCUCUCGGCCCGGCCGCGCCGCCCAGGGACCUGCUAUGGCCACGUCUAUACUCGGGGAAGAGCCACGCUUCGGAACCACCCCGUUGGCCAUGCUGGCGGCGACCUGCAACAAGAUCGGGAACACAAGCCCUCUCACCACCCUGCCAGAGUCCAGCGCGUUCGCCAAGGGGAGCUUCCACCCCUGGAAGCGCUCCUCGUCCAGCUGCAACCUCGGCUCCAGCCUCUCGGGCUUCGCGGUGGCCACUGGCGGCCGUGGGUCGGGCGGCCUGGCGGGAGGCUCGGGCGCCGCCAACAGCGCCUUCUGCCUGGCCUCCACGUCCCCCACGUCGUCCGCCUUCAGCAGCGACUACGGCGGCCUCUUCUCCAACUCGGCCGCGGCGGCGGCGGCGGCGGCGGGGGUGUCCCCGCAGGAGGCGGGCGGCCAGUCGGCCUUCAUCUCCAAGGUGCACACGACGGCGGCCGACGGCCUGUACCCGCGUGUGGGCAUGGCGCACCCGUACGAGUCGUGGUACAAGUCGGGCUUCCACUCCACGCUGGCGGCGGGCGAGGUGACCAACGGCGCGGCGUCGUCGUGGUGGGACGUGCACAGCAGCCCGGGCUCGUGGCUGGAGGUGCAGAACCCCGCGGGCGGCCUGCAGAGCUCGCUGCACUCGGGCGCCCCCCAGGCCUCGCUGCACUCCCAGCUCGGCACCUACAACCCCGACUUCAGCUCGCUCACGCACUCGGCCUUCAGCUCCACCGGCCUGGGCUCCUCGGCCGCCGCCGCGUCGCACUUGCUCUCCACCAGCCAGCACCUGCUGGCCCAGGACGGCUUCAAGCCGGUGCUGCCCUCCUACUCGGACUCCAGCGCCGCCGUGGCGGCCGCCGCGGCCAGCGCCAUGAUCUCGGGCGCCGCGGCCGCCGCCGCCGGGGGGAGCUCGGCGCGCUCCGCCCGCCGCUACUCGGGCCGCGCCACCUGCGACUGCCCCAACUGCCAGGAGGCCGAGCGGCUGGGCCCGGCCGGGGCGAGCCUGCGGCGCAAGGGCCUGCACAGCUGCCACAUCCCCGGCUGCGGCAAGGUGUACGGCAAGACGUCGCACCUGAAGGCGCACCUGCGCUGGCACACGGGCGAGCGGCCCUUCGUGUGCAACUGGCUCUUCUGCGGGAAGCGCUUCACGCGCUCGGACGAGCUGCAGCGGCACCUGCGGACUCACACCGGCGAGAAGCGCUUCGCGUGUCCGGUGUGCAACAAGCGCUUCAUGCGCAGCGACCACCUGAGCAAACACAUUAAGACGCACAACGGGGGCGGCGGGGGCAAAAAGGGCAGCGACAGCGACACGGACGCCAGCAACCUGGAGACGCCGCGCUCCGAGUCCCCCGACCUCAUCCUGCACGACUCCGGGGUCAGCGCCGCCCGGGCGGCCGCGGCGGCCGCGGCGGCGGCGGCGGCGGCGGCCGCGGCGGCGGCGGCGGCCUCGGCGGGAGGCAAAGAAGCCGCCUCGGGUCCCAACGACUCUUAGAAGCCGGGCGGGAGGCGCGAGCGGCGAGCGAGCGAGAGGUGCGGAGGGCCGUGGCAGGGACCGACGGCGGGGGCUCCGGGGACGCCCCUGGCCGGAGCGAGGUGGAACGGCCUCCCCCCCCCCCGGGCCCCCCAGCAGCGCCCCCUCUGCUGUCCCAGCCCAGGCGGGAAUCGAACGCGUGGUCCAGGAACAAAAGCGAACCAGCGUCCGACACCACACCUAGAAAAACUGCACAGACACACCAAGGACCUACCACCAUCUGUUAAUGAGCACGCACAUUCGCGCGCGCACACGCAAACA